AAUAAAUACCAUUAAAAUAAUAUUUGUUUUAAUUCGUUAUUACGUUUGUUCUCGAAGGAAACCCUUAAAGUAAUAACGAUAUGUAGACGAAGAGUGAUGGCCUACAUUUCGAUAAGUUCCGUGGUAGAGUUGCGCAAGUCCUGUUUUGUCAAAGACGAAAUAUUACACAAAAAUAUCAAAAAAUAUAAAUAAGGCUGAUGUUCGCAGAUGUAAGACCUAUUGAGAUUUAUACCCCUGCACACCUCAACAUAACUUUAUUCAAUCCUAGGGACUAUGUUAACAUCGUAGGUAGGGGAAGCAAGGAUGUUACUACAUAAAAAAUGGAAAAUUAACAAAUAGGAAAAAACUGAAAGCAGUAUUCUUAGGAUUCAACUUUGUUGUAAGCUGACUCCCUUACGUAGGAAGAGAAGAUUUGGGUAAACGGCUGAUUUUGAAGAGUCUGUAGUAUCCUUGAUUUCAAGCUUUCUGAUCGACAUAAUUAAUUUUGUGUUAUUUAAAGAUAACAGUGGUAAUAUCUCAACAUUCAAUGUCCCAAUUACCUGUAAUGAGAAACACUUAAUUUAACCAGCUUUGAAAAAAAAACAAGUGCGCCACGGGGCAGAAUACUAUCCUUCUGUCCCACGACAAUAAAGAUACGCAUCAUAGUAUUAAGUGAAUACAAACGAUGGAAUACAAGACCAAUUUAUCAAAUAAUCAUUGUUCUAAGAUAUCAGUUGCAAAAUGUAGAAGAUAAAACAAAAUACUCAAAUAAACAGGGAAUAGUCGAAUCAAAAUAAUGUUCAGGGUAACGCAACACAUUAUAAUUGUAAUUAUGCAAACUAAGUUUCAAAGAGAUCGGUUCGAAUAUAUUCAUACCAUACUACUACAUUCAAAUAGUAAAGGCCGUAAAAUCGUAUUCCAAGACGGGAAUACAUAUAGUUCCCAUAUGGUUCCUAUGGGUAUGCAAAUUGCAAUGGGCCCGAUGACUAAUGCUAUAUUUCGACCCAUUUUCAGACAAGAAGUAUUCAAAUGUAUAUAAUUAUUACUGCCAUUUGCUGAAAUGCGUACAUGUAAUUGUUCAUUACAAGAGAAGUUUAUGCCUUUAAACUAAAUCUGAUAAGGUCAGAAAUGGUUAGUAAAAAAGGGGUAUGAACCAUGCUAACAUCACACAAACGAAAUAUGUAAAACAUGUAAAAUAUGAAUUGGGACACUCACUUAUAAAGCUAAAAAGACAGAUGUCGCUGUGGUAAAUCAAAGUUUAUUGUAGGCCUACAUACUGACAGCGUUUAGACAGUUCAAAAAAUUGUGAAUUCUUUAUACCUUUUCGAAAAUAAUACUAUGCUUCUAAUAGCGCUGUUAAAGAAUCUAUCUCGUGUAGGCUGCAGAUUAAUGCAAUCAAAUAAAAUGUGUUUAACCGGCUGUCGUACUGUACCUUCGUUAUUGACGCGUGUUACAGUUUAAACUGUUUAAAGGGAGUGUUCACUGUUUAAGUGGAUUAUUCACUGGUUAAAUGGAGUGUUCACCCUUUAAAUGGAUUGUUCACUGUUUAAGUGGAGUGUUCAUUGUUUAAGUGGAGUGUUCAUUGUUUAAGUGGAGUGUUCACUGUUUAAAUGGAGUGUUCACUGUCUAAAUGGAGUGUUCACUGUUUAAGUUGAGUGUUAACUGUUUAAAUGGAGUGUUCACUGUUUAAAUGGAGUGUUCCCUGUCUAAAUGGAGUGUUCACUGUUUAAGUUGAGUGUUUACUGUUUACAUUUGAAGUCUAUUUAUAGUGUCCAUUUGCGCCCGGUUGUCGUGUUAUGUUGCAUCUAAAUUUAUCUGUAACCUGUUUGUCCAGUUGUGUCCAGGUGUGAAGUAUAUGAAUGUAAGUUUGAACGUGAUAUAGGGGCGUGUAGGUUAGAGUAUUUUUAAAGGGGAAGAUUUUUGGGGAGCGGCGCACUCGUCAGAGCUAAACGUGUCAUCGAUAGCAUCUACGGGGCUAAACACCAGGCAUUUCUACGUAUACUGUCAGACCAUAAUAUCCAGACGACGUGUCACCACGUUAGUCAAAGAUUAUCACCUUAAGUAGAAGGUCACCAUCAGUGAUAUGGAAGUAGACAAAGAUAAUCCUCGCAGUGAAAGUAGAAUCGACAAAACAAGGCGACAUAACAUACUUUAUUCGAUCAACAUUUAUGCUUCGUUUCUGAUGAUAGGCUGGAGCCGCGGCCUCUUCGGUCCAUCUUUUCCUGACAUUCAACAUAUCUGCCAAGUCGACUUAGAGCUUGGAUCAUGGAUUGUUACAACAUUUUUUAUUGGCAACACUUUUGGAUCAUUAACUGCUGGAUUGUUGGGGAAAGUGGAGCGGAAGUUGAUAUUUGGUUUAUCAUUAAUCACAUUAGCCACAUCCGUGGCAAUAAUUCCUUGGUGUUCUGUGUAUGGAGUUAUGAUAGCCGCUCACUUGGUGCAAGGAUUUUGCCAGGGAAUUGUAGAUACAAUUGGGAAUUCAGAGAUCCUACUCCUAUGGAAGGACAACCGUUUGCUGUAUUUCUGCCUAGAGCUAAAUUAUAAUAUUGGCAGUUUCGCUGCGCCUAUGAUUACUGCUCCCUUUUUAAUGGAUAUUCCCGUAGUUACCAACGCCAAUUCAACAUACCCCCAGCCUUUUAUUUAUAAUAACUCUUUGACUAUAUCUGAUGGAAUGAAUGGUACAUAUGUCGUGCCUCCGUUAGUAACUACUUCCCAGUCAAAGAUCUACAUACCCUACUCGUUAACCGCAUUUAUUUGUAUCUGUAUAUCGAUUUCUUUUUCGAUAAUGCACUUUGUUUUUCAACAAAGAAAUCGUGCCAAUAAUGACAGGAAAAACAAAAGAGAACCAGAAAACGAGACAUUUGAUUUGUCAGAGGAAGGCACUCUAAAGUCAAGGCAUAAACCAAGACAGUUAUCUGCUAAAGUAAAAGGCUUUUCAUUGGCCACAAUGAGUGUUCUAUUACUUUUCUAUGAUGGAGUAGAAGAAACGUUUGUUUCCUAUCUUACUAUAUACUGCGUGAAUUACCUCAAGUGGUCUCCAUCACAAGGCGCUUUGAUUACGUCAAUUACAAAUAUAUGUGGCCUUGUAGCGAUCGUCGCGUCCCUUUUCAUGAAAUGCAUUAACACUAUGGUGUACGCGGGUGUCAAUUGUGUGUUCAUGUUCUUGUCUUUCCUGGGUAUAUUGUUAAGUUCAUUGUACUACCACGAGGUAGGCAUGUGGAUUUCGUGUUGCUUUCAUGGUUUCUUCAGAUCUAUGUUGUUUUCCUUGAUAUUUACCUGGACAAAUGACUACAUUACUCCAGUUACCGGAAGGAUUGCUUCCCUUUUCAUGAUUUCUACUUGCAUAGGCGCAGCAGUUAAUCCUGUGAUGCUAGGGAAUAUUAUGGAGAGGUUCGGUGACAUAUGGCUGUGUUACGGAUUCGCUGCUGAAGGAUUCAUUCUUCUUCUUCUCUACUUUGGUAUGGUCGGUAUAACAAGAUAUGUCGUGAAGCAUUUCGGUAAAAAUAUUGACGAAUCACAUACAUACGAGACAACAAUCUCGGUUACGGAAACAUUUAUUAAGGAAAGUGAUAAUUAUCAAGAAAGUUCCGAGAUACGCGUCAGUCGCCAUGUUUAAUGUGUGAUUAAAUACCAUGUCAUGGGAUAAUUGCUCAGUGUAGUUAAACGUGUUGUUCGGGACACCAUCACCCGAUAUUAACUAGUUAAAGUUAAAGCCAUUGUUUUAAUCUAACCUAACAUCAUAUCUAGUUGUAGUCAUGAACUUUUUCGGUGAAUGUCUCUUGAUAACGGUGUUACAAGAGGCCAUUGUUUCUGGGUUUUUUUUUAUCUGGUCAGUAUUCUUGAAAACGUUCUUGAAAGAUUUACUAGUGACUUCGUAUUCAAAUUGCCAAUAAUGUUAGCAUAACGACUUUAUAUAGUCAUUAUGUAAAUCGUUGUUUCAGCUGAAACAAACUUUAAAACGAGUAAAAACGUAUUUGUACGGUUGAUCAUGUAAAAAGUAUUAAAACCUUAGCUAACGAGUUAGCAAUUAAGUUUCGCAAUCAUUGUGUAAGACGAGUGUCAAAUUAACUAUAACCGAAAUAUGAAAAUUAUGGCUGACAAAUCGGCUUUGUCAAAGCGGACGCUGAUGAGAAAUAUGGUAGAUAAGAUGAACAGCCCCAUCAACGAUGUCCUAGAGUAUUUGACCAAAGACCAUAUGGAGAAUAAAUCCAUUUUUGCUCAGUUGUACUUACGUACUUGAUUAUUUAUCACGCUUUAAAUUUGAUAUGUGUGCUGAAACUGAUCACUUUUUUGUUGUUGUAACAAACCACACCAUAUAAGCGAAGGUAAUUUCAGUUAUCACAAAAAAUCGUUGCGGAUAUAUAUUUUAGAAUUAAUAUUGUUUUAAUCUCCUUGUUAUCGAAAGAACAUUACCUAUAACCAAGAACCCAAGAUACAAAUUUUGUUCAAAUGAAUGGACUUAAUAUUUGGCCUGUAGCAUGCUGGGUUGAAGGGCUACCAAGUUUGUUCAAAUGAAAGACCUUGGCCUACAUUCAGGGUCAAAUGGGUUAAAUAGGCUAAAUUCUUUUAACGACUUCUCAAUAACCAAUAUCUCAAUAAGUGAUCUAGGGACUUUAUAUUGAUCACGUAGCAUGUGUUGGUUAAGUGCUACAAGUUUGUUCAAAUGAAAGACCUUGAUCUACAACAAAGGUCACAAUGGUCAAAUAGGCUUAAAUCUUCCAAUGACUUCUUCUCAAUAACCAAAAGGCCAAGGGAGUUUAUAUUGGGCCUGUAGCAUGCUUGGGUGAAGGGCUGCGAGGUUUGUCUAAAUUAAAUACCUUGACCUUCUUUCAAGGUUACAGAGGGUAAAAAUGAUUUACUUUUUAAACAAUGUUUUUCCGUAGACAAGAGCACUGAUAUUAGGCCAAUAUCAUGUUGAAAUGAAAGACUAAAAACAUUUUUGACAUGGCCUCUUGUUACACAUGUAUCAUCUAUGCAACCUUAUCAUAUAACUUUACAUUCGGUGGGGGGAAAUUCGCUGACAAUAGAGUAACUAAUUUCUCUUGAUGUUUUCUUUUAAAUAUUUGAUCACUUUAACCUACGUGAUCACUGACGAGACCUAGAAACACACCACACUUUUACAUUCACCAUCAGGGUAGCAGUAUUCAGUGAAAAUGCCCAAUGCUGAAAAUUAAGGCACAUGUUUUAGAUAUGUAAACAUAGCAGUUGAACCCUUUAUAUUAUAUAUACUAAAGUAAAAUCUCAUACAGCUUUGAAGGACCCUUAUUUUGGUCAUUUUUCACACCGUUGUAAACCAUUGUACCCACCUUAAAAAAUACAAAAUUUCAUGAUUUUUGACCUAAAAUGACUGUUUAAAAAACCUGUUUAAAAUAAAAUAUCUCUUUCCCCAAGAGUUAAUCUUGUUUUGACAUAUGUUUCUCACUAAUUUUUUCUGCUGUCUUUACCUGACUGCUACAUACUACUUAUUACUCUAAAAAAACUAAAGCAAAACUAAAUUUUCGGUCCAAAGUCUUUCGGAAAAUCAGGAAAUCUAUCAUCUAAAGCCUAUUUUUAACAAAUAUGACGCCUUUAUGUUCUGUUACCCUUCGGUUAUUAGUAGAUUAUGAUAUUUGCUCUUUUUUUCUUCCAUAUACUUUUAAUGUAAAAAGUCAACGUCAGCAUUAAGAGUUACAUCGCUUGGUACUGCGACGUAUUGUUGUCGUUCUCAUCACUUUUACUUUCGGAUUCGAUCCUUGGAAUAACCCAUAAUUCCAAGGUGAAAAACAUGUCAACCAGACGCACAUGCUUCGUCAGGAAUCAAUAUAAGGAAAGGCCCCCCAUAGUCUUCCGUCACCAUGAAAUACCUUUUGCUAACAAGCAUCGUGCUAGCUGUCAGCACCUCUACUGUUAUUAGAAUGGAUAAACCGGAUGGGUGUAUGCUUCCGCCCGUUGAGGGUUUGUGUUUAGCAUUAUUCACAAGAUACCACUACGAUCCGUCAACCGAAACUUGUAAACAAUUUAUGUAUGGCGGUUGUCAGGGCAACGCCAACAAUUUCGAGACCAAAGAAGACUGCGAGGCUACCUGUGUUGAUAAAAUGCAACAAAAGUAAAUUGUGUUGUCACCUAAAUGUUGUCCAUGUCUAUAUGAAGCUACUUUUUCGAUUCAUUGGGCUUAUUAUUUCAUUUAAUUGGUUGACUUAUAUGAUGUUUCCAUCAGCGUACAGAAUGUUAAUUCUCUUUAAAAUGUAUGAACUGACACCAAUAUAAAAGACUUUCUUUCAUUCAUUCCUUUAUUUCCUCCAAAAUAUGAAGAGAACAAAUAUAAAAAUAAAUGACAAUAAAGCGCAAUCAAAAAAGAAGAAGCCAAAUACAUGGCCACAAAUAGGUGCAAGGAAUCAAUAUAAGGUGAUAAUGAUAUUUAUGUCAUGGAUUAAACAUUACAGUAUGUAAAAACAACAAAACUGUUACCUGAAUAUUACAUUAUUGAAAUGUCAUUUUGUAAGCAUCUGCUGCAAAAAUAAGGCAGUCUUUAAUAAAGAAUUCAAAUAAU